GUAUAUAAGUUCAAAGUUGUUCUAUGUUGAGACUUGAGUUCCAAAAAAACUUAUUCUAUUGGAUUAAAUAUUUAAUCAUAACUUAUUACAUAUUUUCAUUACAUAGUUUCAAUUAUGAUUUAGAUUUUCAUUCACAGUGUGACACAGAUAACCUAUUAAUUCUAUUUGGUACAUCAUACCUAAACUUAAUAAAAUUAUAUUUAUUCUUUAUACGAAUAUCUAAUAAUAUAAAGACCAUGGAAAAUAGUGAUAACGAACAGCUCUCUGAUAUUGACGAUGAUGAAAGGACUGCUAUUAAGGAAGAGUUAUCAACCAUGUCCUUUGAAGAUCUCCAGAAGUUAAAAGAGAAGGUUGGUGCUAAAGUUUAUAAAGAGGUUGUAUUUGGCACAAGUAAUGUUGAAAUAAAGCCUAAGGUGUUUAAAAGGGAGAAUAAAAAUAGACCAAGGGAAGUGAGUUCCAAAAGACCAGUAAAAAUGCAUCUUGAUAUUGGCUCUGUGAAAAAGAUAGAGGCCCGUGAUCCAAGGUUUGACCCAUUAUGUGGAACUUUUGAUAAGAAACAAUUUUCUCAAGACUAUGGUUUCCUAUCAGAUAUGCAAGUUAAUGAUAUGAAAGCUAUAAAGGCAGAAUUAAAACUAACCACAGAUCCUGAAAAACAAAUGCAGUUGAAGCGUCUGUUACAAAGGCUAAAGGAUAAGAUAAGAUCUAACAAGAAUGAUAGGAAAGAGAAAGAAAGAAGAAGUAAAGAGGCACAGCAAGUAGAAGAACAGUUUAAGCAAGGGCAACAACCACACUUUAAAAAGAAAUCGGAAAUGCGGGUUGAAUCACUAGUAAAGCAAUAUGAAGAAUUAAAGAAGGAAGGUUCUAGCCGAAUACAGAGGCAUCUUAAGCGAAGACAACAGAAGAUCAAGAAGAAAUCAUUCAAAACUCCAAUUGGUGUUGAUUAAUGCAUUUUAUGUGAAUACAAGUUUAUAAUGUU